AUGUCUCUCGCUCAGCACGUCACUCAGGCCGAAGGCUUUGAUUACGAGCGCCCUAAAGACCAAACCGAAGACCAUGGCAACCGCGAGGCCGUCUAUAGUCUACUUCAGCCGAAAACGACGGAGACAGCCAACAAUCUAGAAUGGAAACAUUUGAAUUUCGCACCCCUGAAGACGUACGCUGUUCAGAAAGCAAUCGCCGCGUACAGGGUCUCCAACGCGAAACGUUGGUUACAGGUAGCUACCGCAAUUGUGGCCUGCUCCCUGGCUGCAGGCCUUGUCUUUGGUUUCGCCGCUCUCAAGCCUGUUCUCAUCUCAGAAGGGGUUUACCGCAAGUUAUGCGAUGCUGAUGACCCAAGCUUGAUUGAAGACGGCGAUUACGUCCCAUGCACCAAGCAAGAUCUACGCCUUAACCUGUUCUUCCUCGUUGCUUCCGUCACUACAAACGUCUCUUCCCUCAUAGCCGGCUACGUGCUUGAUCGCUAUGGCAGGCGAGCUUGUUGGAUCGUGUCAUCCACCUGCCUCACCAUUGGCUGUCUCUUGAUGGCUACUUCGCAUAGCAUCAUCGGAUUUGACGGAUACUUGCUCGCCAACGUCUUUCUGGCACUGGGUGGCACUUUUGUAUUUGUGUCCAGCUUCCAACUUGCCCAUGCAUUUCCCAAGCACAGCGGACUCAUCAUAGCACUGGUAACGGGUGCGUUUGAUGCGUCCGCAGCCGUGUUCCUCUUCUAUCGCACCGUCUACGAAGCUACUAGUGGCAGGAUAUCGCUUAAAUGGUUCUUCUUCUCAUACCUUUCAAUUCCUUUUCUGAUCAUCGUCGCCGAGUUCGCAUACAUGCCGAUUCAUUCCUAUCAGACUAAACACCAGCUAGAGAACCAGAUUGAAAGGGCCCAAGAUGAUGCGCUCGAUGUCCACGAAUCAGACGAGGAAAUCGAGGACACCAGAGAGCUUCGGAAGGUGCGAAACGAUCGGGCCGAUCGCCGGUUGUUGGAGUUGAACCAGAUCGAAGAGGUCGCUGGCGAUGCUGAGCAACGGGAGGAGCGCACCAAGACCAACAAAGAGCGCCAGGGAGCAAGCGGUGUAUGGGGUGUUUUGCACGGUGUUCCCGCUCAUAAACAGAUCCAGAGCCCAUGGUUCAUUCUCAUUCUGCUCUUGACGAUUGUGCAGAUGCUGAAGAUGAACUACUUUAUUGCAACCAUCAAGUCCCAGUAUCGGUUCAUAUUGGGGUCCGAGGCCGAGGCCGAUGCUAUCAACCGCUUCUUUGAUUUUGCUCUUCCAAUCGGUGGUCUGGUAUCUACUCCGUUCAUAGGCGUCCUGCUGAACAAGGUUAGCGUGACCGUCACCUUCGGAGUCUUGACCGCACUGAUUAUCGCUAUUGGUGCUCUUAACUAUCCUCCCUUUGGCUGGGCAGGAUACGCCACUGUUGUUCUCUUCGUCAUAUUUCGACCUCUCUAUUAUUCAGCCAUAUCCGAUUACGCAACGAAAGUCUUCGGGUUUGCGACCUUUGGACGUAUCUAUGGCACUAUAGUUUGUGUGUCGGGCCUUGUUAACUUUGCCCAAUCCGGGCUUGACUCAUUUACGCAUGGCCCCUUACAUGGCGAUCCAACUCUAGUCAAUAUCACACUCGGAGUCGCGGGCGCCAUUGUCGGAGUCGUUCUUACGGUGUUCGUGAGCAUCAAGGGUCGCGCUUUUGUCAAGCAGGAGAAGUCCGCUGUGGAGGAACGGCGAAGACUCUUAUCGUCCACAAGACAAGACUACGGUAGUCGAGAUUGA